GAGAGAGAGAGAGAGAGAGAGAGAGACAGCGGAGUUGGGACCAUCUCUGCUCGUAGCUAGUAGCAGCUAAGCUAACCCCGCAGCAAGGCCACUGCGGGAAGAUGGCGACGGAAAAAACGAAACAUGAAGGAAGAGUUAAAAUCGGACAUUACAUUCUCGGAGACACGCUCGGAGUGGGCACAUUCGGAAAGGUCAAAGUGGGCCAACAUGAGCUUACCAAGCACCAAGUGGCGGUGAAGAUCUUGAACAGGCAGAAGAUCCGCAGUUUGGACGUGGUGGGAAAGAUUCGACGGGAGAUCCAGAACCUCAAGCUUUUCAGGCACCCUCACAUAAUUAAACUGUAUCAGGUUAUUAGCACCCCUACAGAUAUCUUCAUGGUGAUGGAGUAUGUCUCAGGAGGAGAGCUCUUUGACUACAUCUGCAAAAAUGGAAAGUUGGAUGAAAAGGAGAGCCGUCGACUGUUCCAGCAGAUUAUUUCAGCCGUUGACUACUGCCACAGGCACAUGGUGGUACACAGAGACCUCAAGCCAGAAAAUGUGCUGCUCGAUGCGCACAUGAAUGCCAAGAUUGCAGACUUUGGUUUGUCAAACAUGAUGUCAGACGGAGAGUUCCUGAGAACGAGCUGUGGUUCUCCAAACUAUGCUGCUCCUGAGGUUAUCUCAGGAAGGUUAUACGCUGGUCCCGAGGUGGAUAUCUGGAGCAGUGGGGUCAUUCUCUAUGCCUUGUUGUGUGGGACGCUCCCCUUUGAUGACGAUCACGUGCCAACGCUCUUCAAGAAGAUCUGCGAUGGGAUAUUUUUCACCCCGCAGUAUCUGAACCCUUCAGUUAUAAGCCUCCUUAAACACAUGCUGCAGGUGGACCCAAUGAAAAGAGCCACAAUCAAAGAGAUCCGAGAGGAUGAGUGGUUCAAACAAGACCUACCCAAGUACUUAUUCCCCGAGGACCCCUCCUACAGCAACAACAUGAUUGACGACGAAGCCCUGAAGGAGGUUUGUGAGAAGUUUGAGUGCCCAGAGGAGGAGGUCCUAGCCUGCAUCUAUAGCCGCAAUCAUCAGGACCCGUUGGCCGUCGCCUACCAUCUCAUCAUCGACAAUCGGCGCAUCAUGAACGAAGCCAAGGACUUCUACUUGGCGUCCAGCCCCCCGGACUCCUUUCUGGACGACCAGCACCUGACGUCGUCCGGUGCAGCUGUGGCCAUCAAGCCCCACCCCGAGCGCGUUCCCUUCCUGGUGGCGGAGACUCCUCCCAGGCCUCGCCACACACUGGAUGAACUGAACCCCCAGAAGUCCAAGCACCAGGGCGUUAGAAGGGCCAAGUGGCACCUGGGUAUCCGCAGUCAGAGUAGACCCAAUGAUAUCAUGUCAGAAGUGUGCCGCGCCAUGAAGCAGCUGGAUUACGAGUGGAAGGUUGUGAAUCCAUAUUAUUUACGUGUGAGAAGGAAGAAUCCUGUUACUGGGAUGCAAACCAAGAUGAGCCUUCAACUCUACCAGGUGGACAGUAGAACCUACCUCCUUGACUUCCGUAGCAUAGAUGAUGAUAUGUUGGAGACAAAAUCUGGAACCGCUACCCCUCUCCGCUCCGGAUCCGUGGGCAACUACCGCACGACUAUUAAGAACGAUGUAGACGGGGCAGAGGUUCCAGCUGCUACUACUAGCACUGUGCCCCCCACCAAGGCGGCCGAAGGCUCCUUAGCUUCAUCGCUGACCUCAUCGAUCGACUCAACAGGAGGGAUGGACAACGCGUCCGUCCCUCGACCAGGAAGCCACACCAUCGAGUUCUUUGAGAUGUGUGCAAACCUUAUUAAACUACUUGCACGAUAGCUUGCAAAACAAUCGCUAGCCUUUUUUCCUCUCCGAGUGUCUUGAUAGCAAUAAGCAUGCAACCGAUUCAUGGCUCAGUUCGUCCUGGUCCAGGAUGAAGUGAUUGUCCCAUGGCACUGAUGCAGGUUGGUGUUCCCUGAGCUGAAGGGGUGUAUACCGAGCUGACUGGGGAUGUAAGGGGUUACUGAGAAAGACGAACGACAAGCUACUUAAUUAGCGAUGACAGAACAACAUUUAGGAGGGGGGUCUACAAUUUCCAAAUCAGUCGAAUAGCAAAUGUCCACAUCCCACCUUUACAUACACGCGCAAGUGAUUACACUGAAUUUUCUGUACUGUAGCCAGUGAGCACUGCUUUCCAGUACAGAGAACGAGAUCACGUAUUUGCCUGCAGAGAAGAAAGCCGCAUGACGAGGUUGGGAAUUUAUGUGGCGGUCAUUGGACGCAGGAUGCACUUUUGCACAAUAUUCUUUUAUUUCCUGCUGCUCUUGUUUUUUUUUGUUUUUUUUGGUUUUGUUUUGUUUUUCCUCUCCCAGUGGGGACCAGAGUAGUGGUGCAGGUGUAUCGGGGCGCUGCACUGGCUAUAUAACGAGGGUGGUCGUACCCAUUAUACAUUCAUUAGACUCUGAAGAAGUGCAGUGACCCCUGUAUUUCUGCCUUGUGUCAGGGACAAAAGAAUGCUUCAUCAGAUUUAUGUUAGGUUUCAUUUUUUUUUUUUUUUUUUUUUUGGAUCUGAAUCGUCAAAGACUAAAUUUUGUCCUUGUUGUAAAAAAAUUGUUUGACAUUGUCUGUCCCCUACAUUUUUAUAUAUAAAGACGUGAAUAUAUUUAUCAGUGCGUUAAGUGGAUGGAGUGUUGGUUCUAAUGGAAAUCGAUUAUUUUUUUCUUUCUUGCAUUAAGAUCUAUUGCUGGAUGGUAUAUAUUUUCCUUUUUUUUUUUACUGUCUGGUUUUUAAAUCAAUAUCACUGUUUGUUUCCUUCAAUCACAGUUACUCUGAUACUUGAUUGUCUUUCCACAUAACUAUAACCUGCUUUUACCAUUUAAGAGAUAUUUUGCCAUGACAGUCAAAAAUCUAUAAAUAUAUCAUUUUCAGUGUCGCAUAUAAAAAUGGCAAGUUGAUUUUUGACUUUUUUUGUUAUAUAUUUUCUCGAUUUUUUUUUUUUUUUAGAUUAAUUAAUAGGAUUUGAAUAUAAUUAAUGAGUGAAAUGCCUUUUGCCUACUUAAAUUCAUAAAUGCCAAUCCAUCACACGUGUAUAGGCCUCGGGACUCAAUCUGAAAGUGAGUAGUAGCAGUUACAUGCAGUGCAUGGACAGUGUUUGUUGGCAGGUGAAUACAUCCAAAAUAAUGUCAUUUUUGGACAUGUUUAUGUUUUGAUUCCACGCGCAUUCCCUCGUAGGUUGACCUUAAACAAAGGUUUACAUGUGUUUAUACCUGAAACAGACUUGUGAGCUUGGAAUUAUAAAGAAUUAUGAAGCAGUGUCGGGACAAUGAGAGGUCUGUUGACAGUAAAAAAACAAAAAAACAAAAAAAAAACAUCAAGAUCGUAAAUGUGUCGCUGAUUUAUAUUUGAUAACAAAAUGUCAGAACACAUGAAAGCUCCCAGAUAUGUCUUUAACUCUGUGUUUGAUGCGUUUCACUCCAUUUUCUGUCCAAUGGUCUUAACGUUUUAAGUGGUGUCAGUUUGGCUGCCUUAUCAUUAUCAGUACUGUUCUGUUUUUAUGUCAGUGUAAAUUCAGUGCUGGUCAGAAUUAUUGGCUCCUUUUGCAUUUUUAAGGGUUAAAAUUCACAAUUACUGUUAUUGUUCACACUGCAAAACUUUUAUCAUCCGGUUCCGUUGGUGCCAAACUAUUGUAGUCACCAGUAACUGCUACCAUCUUUAUUAAUGGCAAUAGGAAAACCAAAGCAAACUUGUGAGGUGAAUUGGCUCAGUCAGUUAAACCAGGAUUUGCAUGUUCUUACUGUAAAAUCAAACGCUUAAAGUUUGGUUUUAUAAUUUUUUUUCUGCAGCUUUAAAAAUCUGACUCAUUUAAAUAAUUUACAUUUCAGAGAUUUAAUUCAGCAAAAUUUGCUAAGAGUGACAAUAAUUGUGAUCAUUUCAUUUCCCCUGUUGGAACAGGUUCGGACUGAAAUACUUUGUUGAUAUCGGACCAUUAUGUCUCAGUUUUAGAGUUACAGUGAUCAUGGUAAGGACACAUGAGAGGAUGUUGUUAAGCUAAACACGUGUAGUUGCAGUUCUCAGCACAAAAGCUUGUCAUGGUUAACAUGAUGGGUUUUGUCAGAUAAUAAAUGAAUGUGUGCAAAAAACUUGAACUUUUUGCCUUGCAAUGGUGUCUAAGUGGACUGUUCAGUUCAGGAUCUGUUUGAACUGCUUCAUAGAAACAUUUAUUUUUGUUUGGUGUGUAAGGGGACCCUACCAGAUUGACCAGUGUAAAUUUGAAUUGACAGUGUUGAAUCAUUUGUAUACACAACUGCCUAAUAAACUGCUGAAUUGCACAAA